CAAAUAAACAAAAUCUAGUGACUGACAAAUUCAUAUAAACUGAAUUAGUCUAUAUAUGCUAUCAGGUCUCAAGUUCUGUUUUAACUCGACACUGACGAAUCAUGGCGAAUGUGGCGAUUCUUGAGCUCAAUGGAAACUGUGGUAAUACAGUGGAAGAGAUAGUGAAAAUGGAGAGAGAGAUCUUUCCCGAGCACGAAUCACUGACUUCAUUCUUUCACGAUGAACUUAGAAAGAAGAACAGUGGAUUGCUUUAUCUUCACGUGGAUGGCGAACUUGUAGGCUAUGUCAUGUAUUCUUGGCCUUCUUCCUCGUAUGCCACUAUCACCGAGCUCGCAGUUAAGGAGCAAUGGAGGGGACAAGGCCACGGAGAGGCUUUGUUGAAAGCAGCAAUUCAGAAAUGCAGUACAAGUAAAGUUUUGCGCAUAAUGCUUCAUGUGGAUCCCUUGAGGACUCCUGCAGUGAACCUUUACAAGAAACAUGGUUUCCAAGUUGACACAUUGGUUGAAGGGUACUACUCCUCAGAUAGAAAUGCUUAUAGAAUGUACUUGGACUUCGAUUCAAGUUGAAGGAGAAAAUGAAUAACAUUUGACACAUGAUCUGUGGUUAAUUUAAAGAACAAUUUUAUAACAGAUGAAGGACAAGCAUUUUAAUAAAGAGGGCUUGUAGUUUUUACUUUUGUUUUCCAAACAGAAAAUGGAAGAUAUAUGUUCUGCAAUUGUCUGUACUACUAGACACUAGUACAUGCUUUGUCAAUGACAGGUAACAUUGUGAAAAUGUCUAAAGAAACUAUAGAAAGAUUGAUGAUUACGAAGGUGGAAAUGCUUAAAAUAA